AAGAAUAUUGGGCUUUUCGAAUCUAGGAAAUAGGUACGCACCCUUCUCAUCUCUUCUCCAGUUUCUCCCUUUUCUUUCAUCAACUAAAAAGAUACUCGUCGGAUUUGACUUCAAAAAUCGCCGUAUUUGUGGCCGGAAACAUCAUAUCUUUGGAAAGUUUUCGCCGGAUUUUGACCGGAUCCGAUCCGGUGACUCUACCUCUAGCAACUCCGGCCACCCUCUGAAGAUUUUACCCUCUGGCCAUGACAAAGGAGAAUGACGGUGGUGUAGCGGUUACGCAUACCGGACGAGCUCGGCGGCGUAGGGGUUCAAACGAGGUUCCAGCUGACGUUGGCGAAGCAAAUGGAACCAAGAUGCUCGUAAAUGAUCAAAAUAAGUAUAAGUCAAUGUUGGUUCGUGCUUAUUCGACUUUUUGGAUGAUUGGCGGCUUUAUAUUUGUUGUCUACAUGGGUCAUCUUUAUAUCUGGGCCAUGAUUGUCAUAAUUCAAAUCUUUAUGGCGAAAGAACUGUUCAAUUUAUUAAGAAAAGCACACGAAGACAAGCAACUACCUGGAUUUAGGCUUUUAAAUUGGCACAUCUUCUUCACAGCGAUGCUAUUUGUAUAUGGCCGUAUACUUACUCAACGACUGGUAAAUACGGUUACAACAGACAAGUUUUGGUAUAAACUUGUGGGCAACCUCAUCAAAUAUCACAUGGUUACCUGUUAUUCAUUAUAUUUAAUAGGUUUUGUGUGGUUUAUACUUUCACUAAAGAAGAAGCUGUACAAGUAUCAAUUUGGGCAAUAUGCAUGGACCCAUAUGAUUCUUAUAGUGGUUUUUACUCAGUCGUCAUUCACAGUUGCCAACAUUUUUGAGGGAAUUUUCUGGUUCCUUCUCCCAGCAUCACUGAUUGUCAUCAACGAUAUUGCUGCCUACAUCUUUGGUUUCUUUUUUGGAAAAACCCCAUUAAUCAAGUUAUCCCCUAAAAAAACUUGGGAGGGCUUCAUUGGAGCUUCAUUUACCACGAUAAUAUCUGCAUUCUUGCUUGCUAAUUUUUUUGGUCGCUUCCAGUGGUUAACGUGCCCUAGAAAGGACCUAUCAACUGGUUGGCUACAAUGUGACCCUGACCCUCUAUUUAAGCCCGAGAAUUUUGCAUUACCUGGAUGGCUUCCUGAAUGGUUUCCAUGGACAGAGAUCCAAAUUCUGCCAGUGCAAUGGCAUGCAUUGGGCCUUGGACUUUUUGCUUCAAUCAUUGCACCUUUUGGUGGCUUCUUUGCUAGUGGUUUCAAAAGAGCCUUCAAUAUUAAGGAUUUUGGGGAUAGCAUUCCUGGACAUGGUGGAAUGACUGACAGAAUGGAUUGCCAGAUGGUGAUGGCCGUCUUUGCAUACAUUUAUCACGAGUCUUUUAUUGUGGCCCAGAGCGUAUCUCUUGGGAUGAUUUUAGACCAGAUAGUAAUGAAUCUCUCCUAUGACGAACAGAGAGAAUUGUACUCUAAACUUGGACAGAUUAUUAAGGAUCGACAAUUUGGUGAAUCUUAGAGAGUAUAUUGAUAAUAUUGUAACUUGGUUUCCAAUAGGUUUGUUAGAAUGCCAAUAGGUUUGUUAGAAUGCGAGCAGUUGUACAGUGGUUAUUCUUGUGACCUCAGUUCGUUUAAACUUUAAAAGCUUGUUGUAAUCUGUACGCAUAUUGAAACACCAUAAUAUGUGUUUUAAGGUUAGCAAUUCUUAUUAGAGCCGUGUAGUGUUUGGCUCUAUAUACUAUGAAGUUAUUUUAUAUUUUCUGUAAUAUAGACCUUACUCCUUGCUCUGUUAGCAA